AUGCAGCACCGAAUUCCCGCAGCAUUCUUCCGUGGCGGAACGAGUAAAGGUCUCUUUCUCCGGUCACGCACUUUGGCUCCAUACCCUGUGUCGGUUCAAGAUGACAUUAUCCUGGCUGCAAUGGGAUCACCAGAUCCUGACGGACGACAAAUUGAUGGUCUUGGCGGAGGAAUCAGCAGCUUGUCUAAAGUUGCUGUUGUUGGCAGGGCCAAGGAGAGCAAAUGGGAUGUAGAGUAUCGGUUUGGACAGGUGGAAGUGAAGAAGAAGACCGUGGAUUGGUCAACAACUUGCGGCAACCUUGUCGCAGCGGUUGGACACUACGCGAUAGAUGAGCGGCUUAUUUCACCUUCCACACUUUCCCAUCUUGCCUCUCAGCACAACAAUGUCAUACCUGUUCGCAUAUUGGCCGCAAACACGGGCGCGACCAUGAUUGCGCGAGUACCCAUUGAGCGGUGUGAGCGGACUGGAGAAAUCUUUGCGGCCACUGAGGGGAAUACUAGAAUCUCGGGUGUUCCAGGGACUGCUGCUGGUGUGCAUAUCGAGUUUGUAGAGCCAUCUGGCGGUGAAGGAGUGCUGCCUACUGGAAAUGUCAGGGAUGUGGUGCGAUUGGAUGAUGGAUUAGAGGUGGAAGUGAGCAUAAUCGAUGCCGGCUUACCGGCUGUUUUUGUUCGGUCUUCGUCGCUCCCAGUUCCCCCUAGCACUUUUAUGGAUUCUCCUGCUACCAUCGAUGCCAACAAAUCUGUGAUGGAUAUGCUUUCUCGCAUUCGUACAGCAGCAGCGCAUCUCACUCCGGGGCUUCAGAAGCUCUAUUCACCGUCAGCCCCCAAAAUCGCGGUAGUUGGCCCAGCUACACCCUACACGACCACAUCGUCUUCCCACGUAGAAUCGCACGAAAUGGAUAUAUUCGCGCGCGCGGUCAGCGUUGGAAACAUUCAUCGAACCUUUCCCGCUACGGUACUCAUGGCUGCUGGUGCAGGGGCGAGUAUUAAGGGCACUGUUUUGGAGGGAUGUCUCCAAAAAGGGCUAAAACAGGACGUCCAUGGUAUCAAGUGGCUACGAGUGGGUCACCCCGCUGGCGUUGCUGAGGCAGGUGCAAGAAUUAGAAACACCAGUCGAUGCGUAUUGGAGUCUGUUGUCAUGACAAGGACAGCGAGGAGACUUAUGGAUGGACACGUUUUGGUGCCUCGGAAAACAAUACCGUAA